CUGCAGAUGCGGACAGUAACCAACCUCUCAGAAACAUGAACCCCGACUGGAGUGAACAAGACUGCCGCAGGAACGGGAUCCAGGGACUAUUCACCAGGGUGCAAGAUCCUGCAGAGAGACGUGCUUCGAGUGAAGCAGAGGAGGGGCCAGUGAUAGAAGCUGUUUCCACGCAAGAGGAAAUCUGUGAUCAGGAGUGGUGUGGAAGAAUAAUGGAGAAUACAGAGCUGGCAAUUUGUGACAGUAAAGAGAGCCCUGAACUUGAAGCUGUCCGCAUUAAACAGGAGGCUGUGGAACUGGAGUGUGUUCACAUCACAGAGGAAGUUACUAAAGAAAAUGCAGUCAAUACACUGGAGAAUAUAUUUAAGCUGGAAUCUAGGCGUUGUGGUGAUUGUCCUCCUGAACUGGUCUGCAUGAAAUCCAGCCAGCGUGGCUCUGAAGACACUUGUUCUAGUGUUGGAGGAGAGGGCACUGUGCUGGGGUCCGUUCCGAGGAAACAUCACACCCCUCAGGAAAGAGCCGCAGGUGGAAAGGAGGAAGGAGCAGCGGCGUCCACUAGCAGCGCAGCGUCUUCUACAGUAGAUGAUGGAGAACACGACUUCAAUCCAUCACCCCACUGCAGAAACUCUUCCAGUGGCAAACAACAGAGCAAGAAACACAGAGAGACGACACCCCAAGAAGAACAUUUAAAAAAUUUGAGAGUACUGGAGAGUACAGAGACAGCAGAUUGUGUGUGUGUGAACAAUUCUGAAAUCCAGGGCUUGAUGACCUUGUCUUGUUCUCCUGAAGAUGGGAAGAGUUCCCAUCAAUUAGGCUCUCCUGAAACUCGCAAGGGAAAUCACACAGCCGGAGCGACUCCAUUUCCCUGUGCUUAUUGUGGAAAGUUUUUCAGUUAUUUAUCAAAGCUUAAAAGUCACCAACUAAUUCACACAGGAGAGAAACCUUACCACUGUAAUGAAUGUGACAAGAGUUUCAGUCAGUUACAAAAUCUUAAAACACACCAAAGAAUUCACACAGGAGAGAAACCUUAUAACUGUAAUGACUGUGACAAGAGUUUCAGUCAGUUACAAAAUCUUAAAAAACACCAACACAUUCACACAGGAGAGAAACCUUACCACUGUAAUCAAUGUGAGAAGAGUUUCAUUCAGUUACAAAAUCUUAAAAAACACCAACAGAUUCAUACAGGAGAGAAACCUUACCACUGUAAUCAAUGUGAGAAGAGUUUCAGUCAGUUACAAAAUCUUAAAAGUCACCAACGAAUUCACACAGGAGAGAAACCUUAUCACUGUAAUCAAUGUGAGAAGAGUUUCAGUCAGUUACAAAAUCUUAAAAAACACAUACGAGUUCACACAGGAGAGAAACCUUACCACUGAAAUGAACAGCCACUCUUACAACACAUUCACAACGCUUGAUUUUGGCGUUUGACAGAGUACAUCCAGAUUAUCCUAUGUACCGUUUCUCAAGCAAAACAUUGACACAUCUCACUUCCAAAAGAAAAAACGAAGGAACAGAACUCAGGGGUCUACCUAAAAGUACAGCAUUUUAAAUGGCACAGUUGUGCUGAGAUGGGAAGUACAUGGAUACCUGAUAAACAUUUACAGUGCAGACUAUUUUGGAUUAUUUAUAAUGAUUUUGGUGGAUAGAAAGUGAACACAUGUGUGUUUCCGAAAAGAUUCCAAAAUACUGUCUUCUGAUUCUGUGCGCCCGAAGACUUGUAAUUAAAACGUUUUACAAUUAUGGUUUGUAUUCUGUGCUAAACCAGGAGUGUGUCAGUCCCAAACUGUUGUGACAUAAAUUAGAUAUUAAAUAAACAAGAAAAUUAUUGAUACUGAUUAUUGUAACUGUGGUACCAUUCAGUUGAGAGAAAAUUGUAAAGGGGUACUUGAGCUGAAACGUUCAGACGGUUUAAAAAAUCCUCCUCUACCACCCCUGAAACUAUAUUUUUUGGUGUGUCCUCCACGUCACGGAGAGCUUCGUGGUGACGGUAGACCCAGAAGAGAGUGGACACAGCCUGUCAGUACUGCAGGGUAUGAAAGCAGACCUGAAAGAGAGAGGCCAA